AUGAUCGACCCAGUCGUGCUUGAACCAUCUCAGACGGAUCUUGAGAAGGGUCCCGAUGAGGAGCCGAGUCGCUUGGACGCAGAUGGAGUACUGCAAUUGAUACAAUCUCGCCCAGAAUCUAUUACAGGUAACGGCCAAACUGAAUUGCAAUCUCACCAAAGCAUUGAGAAUAUCCGACCCAUGAGUGCCACGUUUGCAUCAUUUGAGCCCCCAGUCGACCUUGAUCUGGACGACAGAUGGGUAUUUCAACAUCACAAGUAUGGCGGACUGAUCUGGGGUAUCGAGCGCAAGAAAGAGCAUGCUCUUGUACAAUGGUUCCGCUCACUAUGUGCCAGUGGACAAGUUGCUGCAAAAUCUGAGACAGACUAUACACGACCCGACUCGGACCACAGCUUUCGAGUAAGCCUGGCAGAGAUGCAGCGUAUUCACCUGCGCAAGUUACAGUUCAAACUAGUCCAGCAUGCUACAAAGAUGCGUUACAGGGACUACGAGCCCAAAGACUGGGAAGGAGAUCUCAAGUCUUAUAUCGACGCCAUGAAGGAUUAUGAUUACAUGAUCGAACGCAGCAAGUCGCUGCGAGACCCAUUCCUCGUGACAGGCGAGAGAAACAUUGAUGACUUCGUCAUCAGGACUGUGUUUGAUCGGAUGGAUAUUGAUCCUGGGGAAUUCAAAUCCCCAAUCUCAGUGUCUGGCCCAUGGGAAGAGGACACGGCCCCGAUAGGAGGUACCAGGAUAGCCAGUGUGAGCCAGACUCGUCUCGAAGCAACGAGGGAUAAAAUCUUCAUGGCCAUCACGGGCGAAAAGGGAAAGGAUGUCAUGUCCGCUACUGCUGCAUAUGCCGCUGUAUUGGUUGUCUUUGUCGACCUGAACCCCCAAGGCCCUUCGGCAACUUUGUAG